AUGGCUCUCAACCAUUCCUCUUUUGAGCUUGCUGGCCCCUACGGCGAUUGGAGAGACGAUCUCCAAUCCCAAGGCUACGCGGUGAUCAAGAAUGUCAUCGACUCCGACAAAGCUCAGUACUAUCAGCGAAAAGCUCUCGACUGGCUUUCCUCCUUCAAUCCGGCCUUCGACCUCAAUGAUCCUACUACGUGGAUCAAUGAGAACUUGCCCGUGCAAAGCAAGGUGAACACUUUCAACGGGUACUCGGUCACCCACGAGAAGUUCAUGUGGGAAGCCCGCACGGAGCCCAAGGUACUGGAGGCAUUCUCUCAGAUCUGGGGUACGGAUGAACUACUCGUCUCAUUCGACGCCCUCAACGUGACCCUUCCGAACCGAAAGGACAGGCCAAACCAAAAGCCAUGGCCCCAUGUAGACCAGUCCCCGCUGCGCCGAGGACUCCACUGUAUCCAAGGAAUUAUCAAUCUCAGCCACGCGGGUCCCAACGAUGGGGCUCUGAUGGUUUUCCCACGAUCAAAUACAGUGACUGAAGAAUUCUUCGACGGAACCGAUCCAUCGACCUGGGAACGGAAGGACAUUCGACUUUUCAGCGAAGAGGAAAUCCAAUGGUUUGCAGAGCGUGGAAUGGAGCCCCUGAAGGUACAGGCGGAGCCCGGGGAUUUAGUUGUGUGGGAUUCGCGCACGGUACAUUGGGGCGGGGAACCGACGGCGGACAGUGAUACUAUUCGAACGGUGAUUUAUGCAUCGUAUGCACCAGCUCGAUUAGCGAGUGAAGAAACACUUCGGCUGAAGCGGGAGGCGCUGGAGAGUUAUCGGGCGACGACGCACUGGCCGCAUGAGAACGUAGUGUUGCGGGAGCAACUGGUGCGUCUGGCGGAUGGGAGUGUUGAUCCCCGCAGUCGGACCGUGCCGUUGGAGUUACCCGAGUACAACGAUCGCAUGCUUCAACUGGCGGGCGUCAAAUCGUAUUAG